GAAUCAAAUAAGUGUGGGCCUCACUCCCACAUUUAUUUGCUAAUGAGACCAAGGUGGAGCCUUCCUACCCUCUUCCCUCCCAUCUACUUCGAUUAAUUCACUCAAGAAGGAGAGGCUAACCUCUGCAAAUCAUCAUCAUCCAUUGUUGAGUUAAGCUCAAUCAAGUUGAAUGCUCAAGAAAGAAGAAAAAGCGGAAAAAUGAAGAAAACCUUGAUUAAUUAAGGAAUCUAGGAGUGGCCGGAAAGUCGCCGGAGCCACUGGAGUUUUUGCCGGAAAAUUCAAAGGUCGCCGGAGUUCAAACAAAGAGGAUAAAAGCUCGUUAGCGUCAUUUCAAGUUUCAGGUAGGGAGUAAAGCUUGCUACCAUCGCCCGUUGCUUCGGGGAGCUCAGGGAGAGAAGACGUGGUUGAAGCUAGAGCUUACUUCCUGCACCCGUUGCUCGGGAGAUCGAUGGAGAGAAGACGUGGUUCGUGCUUCCUCUCGUUCCAUUUUUAAAUAAUUCAAUAAUGCUCAUGGAACUAUUUUGACUUAUAAAUUAAUGGAGCCUGCGAGCUCUUGUUUUACCCUUGUGUGGGUUCUUAUUAAAACACUUAUAUUCCGCUAUGUGUUUGAUUGUAUGUUGAUGUUGUUAUGUAUGUUUACUAAUCGGUUUUGGCAUAUGUAUCUAUCGGACGUCUUGUGCAAUUCGGUAAGGAUGAACUGCGGUUAUUCUUAUUGGGUUGUACGACGGUUGUCUACGUGGCACAGACGCGGUCUGGGGCGUGACAAUUAAGUGGUAUCAGAGCCAAACGAUUUCUAAACUAUAUAGUCAACCUCUCAACCGAGUUUCUAUCAAAACAGUUUUCAAUGAAAAACCAUGAGCAUAAGUUUUGUACUUUAAGAGCAUUUGGUUAUCGAGUUGCAAGGUCUCUGGUUGUUAAGAUGGGCCCCUUAACAAUUGGUAUGGCAGUGACUUGAGCCAAGUUGUGUCUUGAGUACGUUUCUGUCAAUUGACAUUCAAACGAGUCCAAAGACUCAUUCCAACAUAUUCUUUCAGGAAUGGGUGGUAGUGAUAGGGCGGUUCGAGGAAAUCCGAGAGGGCGCGCACCGGGGAUAGCCGGGCAAGCCAAUCGGGGGAUAUCAAUGUCGCGUAAGAGGCGAAGUAUGGGCAAUCAAGGCCCACGAACACGAGCCGCGAUGGCUGAUCACAAUGUGACAGAAUUCGAGUCGUGGAACUCGGAGGAUGACUCAACUUAUCACCCUGAUAGCGAGUCAGAUGAAACUUCUUUUGAGGAAAAUAGUGGAGAAGAUAUACAUAGUAUUCCUCCUGACCAGAUUAGUGAGAUGUACCGAUGGUACCAGCGUGAAAGGGAAAGACA